CAAAAAGCUUUCCUCUGCGCUCUCGAUGAUCUCCGCUAUUGUGUUUACUGUACCGCCAAUCAACCAGUCUUGUGCCGAACGCUAAUAACGUGUCAUAGUGUUGUAAUAAAAAUAUUAUAUUUUGUUUUCGUCUUCUGUAAUAUAAGUGGCUGGCUUAAUUCUAGUUCAUUUUAAUUGAUAAUCAUGAUACGCUGUCAACACAUGUUGGCCAUUGUGGCUUUCGUCUGUAUUGCUCUACUUCCAGACUGUGGAGAAGCCAUUCACUGUUGGGUAUGCUCUUCCGAUACAGAUCCUCGAUGUGGAAACCCAUUUAAUAUUUCAACAAACGCUUUGGGUGACUGUAGCAGAGCAUCUCAUUCAGCAUUUCUAUAUCCCGUCUGCAAGAAACAAGUGCAUAGAUACAUGGACACUGGCGAAGUAGUGAUUGUGAGGUCGUGUGCUUGGUCAACAGACAGCUCAAACGACGAUGGUCCUUGCCACAUUAAUACUAAACCUAAUGUUCGUAUUGAAUAUUGUAGUACCUGCGAACAAGAUUUCUGCAACGCUGCUGCGACUAUAGGAAGUACAAUGUUCUUGACCAUAUUGCUGGCAAUUACAAUCAAGCUCAUCCCCAACAUAUUUUGAGAAUAACAUUUUUUAUCGCUUGUCUCCUAUAAAAACAAAAAUUUUCUUUGAACGAUUACUUAUCGUUCUCGUUAAACUAUACCGUAUAUUUAAGUAUAGAUUGUUUAAUUUGUGUAUUAUAAAAGUUAAUACACGUUUUGUUAUUCAUUGUUAACACAAUACGAAUUUAAUUACCAAUAAUUAAUAGUUUAUAUUUAUUAAUAUUUUAGUUUUUAAGAAAUAUAAACUUAUUAGAAAUAUAGAUAGGUAAUAUAAUAUUAUAUAAAUAAUAAGUUUUAAUUUGUUUAUUACAAAGAUUUUUUAAGUUUUUUUUUUUUUAUAUUUUUUUAUGUUUAUCUGUAAUUAAAGAGAUGAUUUUUAGUCAUUUAUAUUAAUGACUAAAUUAAUAUUGUCUAAUUUAUAGACACGUUUACACUGUACAUUUAAUAUGUUGUCUUUAAUGGAGACUACUAUUCUUUGAUUAUAGUUCAUGGGAUUUCUAUGUAUUAGAAUCUAUCAUUUUGCUGAGAAAGUAUAGUUUUAUCAAAAUGUGUCUUGUGGCAAUAAUGAAAUAACUUUUACUUGAGGAUCA